AAAGUUCUAAAAGCACUUCACAUAUUAGGAUUCCAAUUCCAAGGAGGUAGCUUAGAACUCCAUUCCCAAGCAACGGAUAUAUUUUGCCAUUUCAUGUAAUUUGGAAGUGACGAGUGGUUUUCUCAUUAGGCUUUCUCUUUACUCUCACUAUAUAUAAAGCUUUCCCACACCCUUCAAUGGAGGACAUGGCCAGGACUGCUUAAACAACAACCUCUCCAUAGUUCCCCAAGUUUCCUUUUUUUUCCCCCCCAUUUUUCAGAGAAGAAAAUGGUGAAGAAGAUGAAGUUUUUCUCUACCUUCUUCCUCCUCCUCUUCUUCUUCUUCUUCUUCUUCCUUCUGGGUCUUACUACUGCAGGUCAAGAAUCAAUUCAAUUUGUGAAGCUGGAAGAGAUAGUUUCUUCAGGGGUUUAUCCAGCAAUGUCUGCUUCUGAACUCCCUGUUGCUGUUUCUCUUACUGAUGUUGAACUUCCAGAAGUUUCAAGCAGUGUUUUAAUGGCGGAAAGUUGGCUUAGAACCUUUGUUCUGGCUCACUACCCUUCCACUAAAAUCUCCACCAUUGUUGUGGGAAAUAGUUCUUUAUGCAGCAACAAGAAUAAUCUAGAUACUAACAAUUUACACAUUGUGUUGCUGUCUAUGAAGAAUUUGUUUUACUCCCUCACUAGAUGGGGUUUGGAGAAUCAAAUCAAAGUUUCUACUCACUUCCCAAAAGAUUGUUUCCACUCUCAAGAGGAAUCCAUUCAGAAUAUGGUUAAGCUUGUGAUUGAGUUCAUCCAAAGUACUAACUCUACAUUGAGUCUCAAGCUACCUGAGAAUGUAAUUUCUCUACAUGAAACAGAGAGUUUCAUCUCCACCCACACGAACAAAUUUGGAUUUCUAAAGCUAAACAAAGUGAAUUUAUUAACCAGCGUCUCAAAACAAAGAAACCCCAUUAAUAGAAAGCUCUCUUCAUUCAUGGAACUCAAAGAAUACGAUCCUUUCUUUACAUCAGAGCCACCAUUGCCAUCGGAUCUCGCCACACCCCCACUUCCACCAGAGUCCCAAAUCGCAUCACCGCCACAUUGGGGCUUCGCCGCCGCCCCAGAAUCGCCUCCGUUCGUGGUACCCGCAAGCCCGCCGAUGGGAUUUACUCUGCCUCCAUGUAAUCCAGACCAAAACGCCGGUGCGCCAUUUCCACAAACAGGUGGUGUGCAAAAACUGUGGUGCGUGGCGAAACCAAGUGUUCCAGCGGAGAUUCUUCAGCAGGCGAUGGAUUAUGCAUGUGGGGACGGCGGCGCCGACUGCCGGGAGAUAUCGGCGGAGGGUAGCUGCUUUCAUCCGGAUAGUUUGGUGGCACAUGCGUCGUACGCUUUCAAUAGCUACUGGCAGAAGAACAAGAGAAGUGGAGGAACUUGUAGCUUUGGAGGAACUGCCAUGAUUAUAAGCUCAGAUCCAAGUUUUAAUCACUGCCGGUUUGUUCUAAGCUAAAGUUUUUUAGGGAUAAUGGCGUUUAGUGUUUGUUCUUCUUCUUGUUCUUGUUAUGUUCAUCUUCUUUCUUUCAAUAAUACUUUAUAAUAUCAACUUUGAAGAGACUUUGUGACUUCGGCCUUCAA